UUUCACGUCUCCUGAAAAAAACUCUUCCUGCUUUAUAAACAGGACUGUCAUACUUCGGAGCAGCAUCUGAAGUGAAACUGUCCUCUUCACAUAAAUUUCUAUCUUCAGAGGUGAACUGAUGAUGAACCGCUGUGGUCUGAUAACUGUCCAGAAGGAACCAGUUCCUCUGCAGAGCAUUGAGGUGGAGCUGGAGGUGAGGGACCAUGUGGCCACAGUGGUCUCCACUCUGAAGUACCAGAACAAAGAGGACAAACCAGUAGAGGCUGUGUUUGUCUUCCCUCUGCCUGGAGAUGCUGCUGUCUGUCAUUUCAGUGCUGUGAUUGGACAGAAAGAGAUUGUAGCUGAGGUGAAGGAGAAACAGGAGGCUCGUGAGGAAUAUGAUGAUGCAUUGAGCUCUGGUCAGCAGGCCUUCCUAUUGGAGGAGAGUGAACAGAGUCCAGAUAUAUUCUCUAUGAAGGUGGGUGGUCUGGCUCCAGGAGAGAGCGCCUCCAUCAGGCUGGAGUACGUGACUGAGCUGGCUGUGCAGGCUGAUGACGGGCUGAGGUUCUGUCUGCCUGCUGUGCUCAACCCUCGCUACCAACCUCAGGGUAGUGAAGGUGCCAGUGUCCAGGUGUUCUCUGUUCCAGCCUCUCUGGUUCCCUACACUCUGUGUUUUUGUGGCCGACUCUUCUCUCCUCGUCCAAUAUGUAAAGUGGAGUCCAGCUGCUCCCUGGAGCCUCUGCAGUACCUGAACACUGAUCAAACUCAGGCCACGGUGAAGUUGGCUGCAGGACACAAGUUUGACAGAGAUGUUGAGCUUGUGAUUUAUUACAAAGACGCCCACCAGCCCACUGCUGUGGUGGAGGCAGGACAGACCUCUGCAGAGACUGGCACUCUGAUGGGUGAUCCAGUGGUGAUGGUGAGUCUGUAUCCUGAGUUCCCCCAGUCUGUGAUGUCUUCAGUGGCCUCAUGUGGAGAGUUUGUGUUCUUACUGGAUCGAUCUGGAAGUAUGGACUGUUCUACCAGUAACAGCAGGGAGCAAGAAACUCGCAUCAGCAGUGCCAGGGAUACUCUGCUGCUCCUGUUGAAGAGCUUACCAAUGGGCUGCUACUUCAACAUCUACAGUUUCGGGUCCAGCUAUGAACACAUUUUCCCUCAGAGUGUGGAGUACAGUGAGAAGAGCAUGGAGGAGGCUCUGAAGAAAGUUAAAGGGAUGGAGGCUGAUCUUGGAGGAACAGAGAUUCUUGAACCCCUCAAACACAUUUACAGCCAGCGCUGCAUUCCCAGUCAGCCUAGACAGCUGUUUGUCUUUACUGAUGGAGAGGUGGGAAACACCAAAGAAGUUCUAGAUGUGGUGAAGAAGAAUUCAGGUUCCCACAGGUGUUUCUCUUUUGGGAUUGGAGAAGGAGCCAGCUCUGCUCUUAUCAAUGGGUUGGCCAAAGAAGGAGAGGGACAUGCUCAGUUCAUCACAGGGACUGACAGGAUGCAACCAAAAGUGAUGCAGUCACUGAGAUUUGCUCUGCAGCCGGCUGUGGAAGACAUCUCAGUCACAUGGGGUUUACCAAAGGGACUGUCUGUCACUGUCCUGUCUCCACCAAUCACAUCCAUUUUCCAGGGUCAGAGGUCACUGAUUUAUGGCCAGCUCACUGGACAGAGUUCAGAGGCCACAGAGGGCAGUGUGACGGUGAAGUACAGCCUGGCAGGUCGUCCCUCUCAGAACCAGCUGCACUUCAGUCUGAAACCUGCAGAGGACACUGGAUUAACUGUCCACAGGUUGGCUGCUCGGACUCUGAUUCGCUCCCUGGAGAUGGAGGACAGAGAUGAAAUGGGAGAAACUGAUGGAGGAAUUAAGGAGAAGGUGGUGCAGCUCAGUGUCCAAUCAGGAGUGAGCAGCUCUUUCACUGCCUUCAUUGCUGUCAACAAAGACAACAAUGAGACAAUUCAAGGGCCUCUGGUACGCAGAGAUAUUCCAGUAGCCAUGUGUUGUAUGAUGAUGUCUGCUGCUGAUUGCGAUUACAGUGUUGAUGACUUUGAGAUGUCCAAUGAUGUAGUUCUGGGGUGUUGUGACGAUUUUGGAACAAUGGAAUAUUGCAACGAUUCCCCAUGUGAUGCUCCGGAACUUGGGAGCAGUGAUGAAGAAGAGGUUGAAACGCCUCAGCAGACCCCCAGAGACCCUUUGCUGCAGCUGGUCUCCCUCCAAAAGGCAUCUGGCUGCUGGAUUCUGGAUCCAGAUCUGGCUGCUGCACUGGGAAAGACCAGCGAGGAGGUGGAAAAGUCAAAGCCUGCAAUGGUCACCAGUGAGGUGUGGGCCACCAUCCUGGCUCUGAUCUGGCUUCAUGGUUUCAAGAUGGAUGCAAAGGAAGAGUGGGAGCUUCUGGCUAUGAAGGCUGCAUCGUGGCUCUGUGCUCAGAAUGCUCCAUGUGUUCCAGAGAGUGUGGAUGCUGGAAAUGCACUGCUGGGUUGCAGCUUGCAGAAAGAUGCACUGAUGCUCUGAGUCUUCACCUUCAGGAUGACGACACAGAAGCAGAUCUUCUCUACCCAGAGGCCUUUACUUCUUAAAUAUUGCACUGCUAUUGUAACAAUUGAAGUCUGUUAUUUUUUUUUCCACUGUGUUUUUUUUCCCAAUUGGUCUUAGAAAUGUAUACCUUUUGGAGAUUAUCAGUCUGAAAAUACAGAAUUUUCAGAUCUGUACUAAAACAUUAACGAAAGAUAACUAGAUUGUGGCAUUUAUGUCACUUUGUGCCUGUUACAACCGAAUAUUAGACUCAUAUUGUACAUGUUGCUUUGAGUAGAAUGAUCUUCAGUGGCUUCACACCUGCUCUGUUCACUGUUCAGUACAAACUGUGUGACAUCAGUUUAUACAAACACACCUCAAGCUGUCAGCAGAAAUUUCAUGGAUGCCAAUAAAAGCAAAUGAAACAAUU